GGGAGAUUUACAAAACAUAAAAGUAUAUCAUAAUAGUAGUCCAGGAUCGCAAAAAAACUUUAUAGGUUCGCGACCACGUCGCCUUGUCGAACGCAGACCCUUUACAGUAGUGACAGAACCCUUUUAUGUUCAGAAACUUCGAGUAUUAGGCGACCGCCAGUGCCAUAACACAGCAAAACUCCCUACUGAAAUAAUGAUUUCCCAAUCUGGUCGGACUGCAUUUUCCUUGGCCCAACUUAAGUCUUCAACAUUACGAAGUCUUCACACGUCAAGAUUAGCCAGAGGCGAGAUUAAUGUGCUUGGGAAAAGAUUAAACUAUGAGGAAGUAGGCAGUGGAGACCAAGUGUUAUUAUGCUUACCAGGAGCACUAGGGACUAUCAAAUCAGAUUUUGGUCCUCAGUUGAAGAACCUCCCCAGCAAGCAUUUACGCCUGGUGGCUUGGGAUCCUCCAGGCUAUGGCAAAAGCAGGCCUCCAAACAGAGACUUUAACUUUGACUCUUUACGCACAGAUGCCACCAUCGCUGCUGUUAUGAUGAAAAACCUUGGUUACAAGAAAUAUUCAUUACUUGGAUGGAGUGAUGGGGGUAUUACAGCCAUGUUGCUUGCAGCUGGCUUCCCACAGCAUGUUGAAAAAAUGGUUAUAUUUGGAGCAAAUGCAUAUGUUACUAAAGAAGAGACAGAAAUCUGCAAAGAUUUACGUGAUGUUGACAACUGGUCUCCAAAAAUGAGAACACCAUUAGAGGCUAUUUAUGGUAGAGAUUACUUCAAGAGUGCAUGGGAAUCGUGGGUAGACACAUAUAUCGGAAUCUACUGUGAGCGUGGUGGAGAUCUAUGUAAAAGUGAUCUUCCUAACAUAGUUUGUCCAACCCUUAUUGUACAUGGCCUUCAAGAUCCAGUUGUGCCCAUUGAACACCCAUAUUAUCUGCAUGAAAAUAUCCAAGGCUCAGAAUUGAUCCUAAUGGAAAAGGGAAAACAUAAUCUGCAUUUACGGUAUUCAGAUGAAUUCAAUGAGAUAGUGCUCAAGUUCCUUAACAAAUGAAAAAAAUAUUUAUAAAAUGAAGUAGUUUUUCAUCUUAAGAAAUCAAGGUCACAGUUUGUACCAGUGCUCUUCAACUAAUUUUAACCCUUUCUCUUAAUUCAUAUUAAUUCAUACACUCUUGAUACAUAUGCAUCCCCAGUGUGAUAUGCAAAUUCUGUAUUGUCUAAAUAUCAUAUGUUGUAGUAUUGAACAUUCCUUUUUAUAACUCAUGUACAUACAGUUACUUGAAAAUAAGGCAAUAAAUGUAUUUUACAAUGUUCUGCAUGAAUAAAGUGGGAUUAUAUUUGAAGUCAGCAGGCAGUCUAGUCCAGGGACCAGUAAUCUUGACCUUUGUUUCCUAACUUUUUUAUUCUGUAGCCCCUGACCAAUAUAUAAUAAUCUCCAUGGUUCCAUUCAGUGACUGUCAUCUUUUCAGAUUAUGUUAUUGUUAAUGUAGUUAUGAAUAGUGUAAUCAUGUCAGUAGCUAUAGAAAAGAACACUCUAUGGAAAGAUUCCAAUUUAUUAUGUGAGAGAUAAUUGCAUAUAGAUACUAUAGGCUAGAUAAAAUUCAGUUUAAUUAAA